GUCGCCGUAUCAAGCGGCUCGUGAAGAAGGCAUCCAGACAGGAUUAUCAACAGCAGGCACCGCCGAACUGCCGAGCGAUAUUUCUGGUCAUAGUUCACCUCCAACAGUCGGACCGAUUUCCAUCCAGAUCAACGUGAGGAGAGAGGGACCUUUAUAUGGCAGCUGGUUGCUCGGCCCUCCUACCCUCUCCCGGUACCGUGCAGCUGCAGCAUCCAUCGUCACAGCCUCCAAAUUGACGGGAUGACGGAGAGAAUCGAGCCUCCUCACGUACCAACAGGGUGAUGUGACGUUCACGCUCUUUCAGGAAUUCUUAAAACCGCCGAUCGUGGCAUGGAUAUUUGGAGUGACUUAACUUUUCAUUAGUGAGGCUUUUCCAUCUUUCCUGAGGCAAGAGGACAGGGGUAGCCCCAGAUAAGCAUAUCAGGAGCUGGUGGGGACUUUGAUUGUUGCUCAGGGGCACUUCAACAGCUUGGAUGAAUGAACCUGGGAGCCAUGGUUGACCCUGUCUUUCAACCUCACCUCAAAUGAGAUGAAUUAGAGGAUGCUGAACAAAUGAGAUAAUGUGUCUCGCUGGAGUAGAAAUAUAAAUAAUAUUUUUCUUUAAUAUUUGAGUAGUAACCUCUGCUGCAGCUUUCACCAGUGUGGAACCUGAAAAGCAGAUGCAAUCAGAGUUGCAGUAUUGUGUAAAACAGAUAUAUUAUCAGUUCAUUGGGUCAGCCAUACAGCCCACAGAAGCCGUCUUGAUCAUUGUGACAUUAUGAUGGUGGGAGUCAGCAUUAUCUCAUGCCUCUGGACUCUUGAAGUUUAGCAGACAUUUUGGUUCCCCUGUGGGAAAGAACGGAGCAACUGGAGUGCAGUGGUCUGUAAACACCAUGGACUACCACGCUGAGUGCUGCUUCUGCGAUCCUGAGGACGGUCAUGGUGGCCCAGAUGAGCUGUCACUCCACAGUAUCCACGCGCCAAAUCGGAUCCGCCCAUCCUCGUACCGAGCCCUGAGGAGUGCUGUGUCCAGCCUGGCCCGCAUCGACGACUUCUUUUGUGAGAAGAUUGGUUCAGGCUUCUUCUCUGAGGUCUUCAAGGUUCAGCAUCGCAUCACAGGGCAGGUGAUGGCACUGAAAAUGAACACACUGGCUAGCAACAAAGCUAACAUGCUACGAGAAGUUCAGCUCAUGAACAGGCUUUGUCAUCCCAACAUACUCAGGUUUCUUGGGGUUUGUGUACACGAAGGUCAACUCCACGCUCUGACUGAGUACAUAAAUGGAGGUAACCUGGAGCAGCUGUUGGACAGUGAUCUGUACCUGUCGUGGGGCGUCAGGAUCGGUCUGUCUCGGGAUAUUGCCCGAGGGCUGCAGUACCUACACAGCAAGGGCAUAUUCCACAGAGACCUCACCUCCAAGAACUGUCUAGUUCGCUGUGAUAAUGGUGUGUUCACUGCAGUUGUGGGAGACUUCGGCCUUGCAGAGAAGAUCCCUGAUUUCAGUGAUGGUAUGGAGAAGCAGCCACUGGCCAUUGUGGGCUCCCCAUAUUGGAUGGCCCCUGAAGUUCUAAGGGGAGAGCUGUAUGAUGAGAAGGUGGAUGUGUUUGCAUAUGGCAUCAUCCUAUGUGAGAUCAUUGCCCGGAUUGAGGCUGAUCCUGACUUCUUACCCAGGACAGAGGACUUUGGUCUGGAUGUGGAUGCAUUUGAGAACAUGGUUGGGGAUUGUCCACCUGCGUUCUUUAGCCUCGCUGUCACCUGCUGUAAUAUGAGUGCAGAAAGGCGUCCCGCGUUCACUGACGUUGUCUUUACACUGGAGGGCAUGGAGACAGAAGAAGAGAGAGAGAAGCCCAUUGCACUUGAGGCAGUGCCUGUAGAUGUCAGCCCCUACCGUCGCCACAGCUCUCCUCGUCACACCGGCGACUGCAGCCAGCAACGGCAAGGCUUGGCCAGGAGCCAGUCAGACAUGUUACCCCCGGCAACCCUGACCCCUCCUCUCCUCGGGACCCCUGCGAGGGUCAACCCUUUUUCUCUCAGACAGGAUCUGAAUGGGGGGCGGUGUAAACUCUUAGACACACCCAGCAAGUCUGUCAUCUCCCUGACCUUCACUCUCCCAGCACUUGGUGACCCAUGUGCCUCCCCGCAUCUUCUUAGAGGGACGCAGGGGAUGCAAGCACCACACAGAAGAUGCCAGUCGCUCCCCUGUACCCCAGAGCUCAGCAGGACUGUAGCCUUACCAAGAGACAUGAAGGCGAAGGAGGAGAAAAAGGAUGAGGACAUCAGAGUGGCAGCAAAUAAAGGGGAGAUGGUGGACGAUGUGGAGGACAAGAGGAAGAAGACAGAGUUGAAAGAGUUGUUAAAGGAGGAGGAAGGAAUGGGAGAGGACUCAGAUCUUCCUGUUGAGCUGGAGAUGGUAUCUUUAGAGCGGUUAGAGGAGGAGGAGGAGGAGAAGGAGGAGAGUUUAUCUCUAACAGAACCCAUGGACUGUACUAAGUCUCCAGAGCCAGCAGAGGGAAUCCAGGACUCAACACCUAGUGGACCCCUACUCACCUCUUCCUCAUUUUUACGGACCAAUGGCUGGCGACUUCCCAUCUCCAAUGGACCACCCUCCUUGCCUCCUCUGCAGCAACUGGACAACAAGAACAGCUCAUCCCUUGUGAUUGGCCAGCAGGUGCAGUGGGGUGGGCGGGCUAAUGGUUACAGUGGAGCCCAGGUCCUUUCCUGUGACCCAAGUGGCCCCUCUGAGCAGGAUGAGGUAAUUUCCUGUCCGGGCUGCUGUCUUGUGGGUCUGAGUUUUCCCUCAGUGUGCCUCCGUGGCUCAGCUGCCAUGCCUGCUCCCUGCCGAAGGGCUUCAUUCCAACGGCAGCGGCCCUACCGGAACCUCAACGGCACCAUAACUGGUAGCAGCACUUCGUCGUCAACAACAGGUGCCGCAGCAACCAAAGCUCUGUGUAGAAGCACAAAUGGUCUUGUAGUGGCUGGGCCCUCGGUGCCAUGUGAGCCUGGCCGGUCACUGCCAGAGGCCCAGACAUAAGCCUGCUCAGAGGGGAUUUGGUUUUGAACUUGUGACGUGCACCAGCACUAAGUGUUAGUGGACAAACUAAUACUGACAAACCAAUACUGACCACAGCCUCUGAGAUGUGUUGUUAAUUCUGUGCAGUCAUGGCAAAAAUGGGAAAUUUGUAGGUGGUUAGAGUGCCACCAGAUGGGCUUGAGGAUUAAAUACAACAAAUGACAGUUAAGAAUGUAGUGGUGUAAAGUAAGCGAUGGCUAAGGUAGAGAAAAUAGAUCUGAACCAGAUGGGGUUAAAAAUUAAUUGGGCUAUGCUUUGCUGCAAACUGUACAUUGACCAGUCAGGGUCAACAACACAUUACCACUGCUGGAAAGGUGCUGACCCAAACAAAGCAGCUAGUCUGACUUACACUGAUAAACGCCCCAUCUCUGCCAACCAAAUCAAACCAAACUCAAUCUACACUCAACUGUGCUGGCUUCAGUUCUGUAGGCUGUUUUGGAAGUAUACUUACAGUUUAUAACAACUUGGGUCUUAUUUUUGUAGUUAUGGCCAUCUAAUUGGCAAUAAGAACACUGUACUCACCAAGUUAAUUGCUGAGAUCUGUGAACAUGGUAACAUGAUUAAAAAUAAGUCAGAUGGGGAAAGCAACCCCCAGGUCAGUCAAACUGAUUUUGAGGAAAAAAAGACAGUGGACAGUAAAAUAAUUUGUCAAACUGUCCAUUUUAAGCAUCCAUCACAGUUUACAGACUUCCUGCAUCAAUUUGUACCUUACACAUAUUUGUGUGAACUCAACUCUACUUUUCUGUGCAAUGACAGAUUAUGACAGAUGUUUUUGGGUGAUGGUCUGACCAUUUUUGCUUCUUGCCCUGUCAGAUUUCAUGUAUUUUAGUUCUCAGCAAUGUUAUCGUUAUGGAUAUAAAUGAUGGCCAAAACUACAAAAAGAUCAAAGUUUAUUGUAACUAAUAAACAGGGAUUAUCCUUUAAUCUGUACAGUACUUUUUGGAAAUAGUGGUUUGGUAAGUAAAUUUUGUAAUUAAUUGUCCCUCCCUUUAUGGAGGAAGAGGAAGUGAAACAUUUUUGUUUUGCAUGGCAGCCCUGGGAGUGUCUCUCUGAAGGCCUACUACCAUUGGAAACACUGUUGCACUGCACUUUUAAACCCAGGUUUGUAUAUGGUGUGAACAGAAAAUGACAGAUGUGAAUGUUGUUUACCUCUGCCAGCACAGUGUGGCUGCAGGUACAUAACCAUAUGUACAUGCAGCACAGUUUCGAUUCUAUUUAAUCGAAUAACAUUAGCUAAAGUGGGAAUAUUUAUAAAAUUAAUAAAGAUUUGCUUGCAUUUAUUUAUUUACAUUUUUAUAGCAGCUGCCGUGUAUGUGUGAGUGUGUAUGAGAGAGAGAGAGAAAAAGAGAGAAAGAUGAUAGCUGUUGCUUUUGGGGACUUAAGAGACAAAAAAAACCCGGUUUGUCAUGUAAAAAUCUUUACUUUUGCACUUCGGUUUUGAGCACUUGGCAGUAAGACACCAGGCUUUUACUGGAUGGUGCUUUAUUUAAAUCUGUGUUACUGGUGUUUUAUACGUGCUUCUGGCCCAAAAAACUACACACCUUUCAUUCUUUGACAUCUAGCCCCCCUCACAUGUAUGUUGUGUGUGUACAUGUGCAUUUUAAUUACACUGUUGUAACUUAAAAAGUGGCAUGUGAAGCAGGUAUGAAUAUUUAAUGUACAGAUCAUUGCACACACCUCACAGGAUAAUUUUUAUCCCAUAAUUUCUGAUGUUAAACCAUGGUUCACGAUUUAUUUUCAUGUUUUGUUCUUCUAUACAGCUAGAAACCUG